CAAGAGAGGAGAAUAGCAAGAAAUGAGAAUCAGAACACAGCUCUGACUGCUUGACGCACAACUCCACAGUUGUCUGUCUUUAGCCAUUUUGCAGGGAAAAGCUGACACGGGGACAAGGGCAGACUUGUACCACUAGAAAGUAAACAGACGAACCCAUUUGUGAGGAGCUGCAGCGGGAGAUGGUGUAGCCCCCUGCUGAUUCCCUGACGUGUGGAGGAGAAGUGAAAGGGAGCGAAGAAGAUCGCAGGGGAGGAACUGUUCGUGUUAGCAAGGGAGGAGUUGUCUUUCUCGCCUAGUGUCACCAGUGAGGAGGAGGCAGAAGCGAGUGCUUGUGGUCUCCUGAGAGAGAGAGAGAGAGAGAGAGGGGGACAAGGAAGCGCUGUGUGUGACAGGAAGAGUAGGGCAGCCAAUGUGCCGCUGACUGGAGUAUGCUACAGACCAUUUACGAGGGUGACUCCUACUUCUCCAGCGACAGCUUUGGCAAACUCCAGCUGCCUCAGGAACCCCACAGCAGUGGCAUGCACAACGUUAACAACUCAGUGGACGUUAAGCCUGACCUACCACUGGCUCUGGAGCCUGCGUCUCCACUCGAUCUUCGGACAGACGUGAGGAUGCCAGCCCUGGGCUCGGACUCCAACGUGUGGGAGCGGCAGCUGCAGCAGGAGCUGCUCAUCAUUCAUAAGCAGCAGCAGAUCCAGAAACAGCUCCUCAUUAAUGAGUUCCAGAAGCAGCAUGAGAACCUGAUUCGCCAGCACCAGGUUCAGCUCCAGGAGCACCUCAAGCUGCAGCAGGAGCUGCAAGCGAUGAAGCAACAGCAGGAACAGCUGGAGAAGGAAAGGAAGUUGGAGCAGCAAAACCAGGAAAGGGAACUGGAGAGACAUCGGCGCCAGCAGCAGGUUCUAAUCCUCAAGAGCAAAGAGCGGGCACGAGAGAGUGCCGUGGCCAGCACAGAAGUUAAGCAGAAACUGCAAGAGUUUUUGUUGAGUAAAUCCACAAAGGACACAGCAUCCAAUGGAUCCUGUCAGACAUUCACACAGAACUCCAAAUUAUGGUUCACGGCCUCCCAUCACACCUCUCUGGAGCAGAGUUCACCUCCUCUGGGAGGAGUGUCACCAUCGGGCAAGUUCCCUUUGCCCUCCCUACCAGACUCCAGGGAUGAUUUCCCUCUGAGGAAGACUGCCUCAGAGCCAAAUCUGAAGGUGCGCUCGAGGUUGAAGCAGAAGGUUGCAGAGAGGAGGAGCAGCCCUCUUCUGAGGAGAAAAGAAGGAACCGUCAUGACACACUUUAAAAAACGAGCCCUGGAACUAAUGGAGUCGACAGCCAGUAGCAGCUCCACUGGUUCAGGCCCCAGCUCUCCAAAUAGAGCCUCAAGUUUUCCAGGAGCUGAAAAUGGACCAUCACCUCUACCAUCCAGCACUCACUCUGAGCGUUGGCCCUCACAGCCGAAGUUGCUUGGCUCUGAAGGUUCAGUAUCCAUGUUGAGUCUCUACACAUCACCGUCUCUGCCUAACAUCACGCUGGGCCUCUCCGCUGCCUCCUCCCCCAUCAAUGCUGGCGAGGGCAGUGGAGUGCUGUCUGUCAGGCAGGGUUUGCCUGCUCAGCUCCUGGGCCCUGUGCCUCUACCGGUCAGCAUUGAGAGUAAAGUGAGCAGCAGCCAGCAAGCACUCCUACAGCAUCUCCUGCAAAAGGAGCAGCUCCGCCAACAGAAGAUCUUCUCCACUGGCCAAAGUGCAGGAUGUGUGCAUCCUCCCUCUCCCCUGGCCAUGACGGAGCGUUCCUCAGGCAGUGUGCGACCCAAAUUGCCACGUCACCGACCCCUGAAUCGUACCCAGUCUGCACCACUGCCCCAGAGCAUACUAGCCCAGCUUGUCAUCCAGCAGCAGCACCAACACUUCCUCGAGAAGCAGAAACAGUAUCAGCAACAGGUCCACAUCAAUAAGCUGUUUUCCAAGUCCAUUGAACAGCUGAGGCAGCCGAAUGGACACCUGCACGAGUCAGAGGAGGAAGAGGGAGAGGAUGCACACGAUCACGCCAUGCAAGAGGACAGCUCGCCCUCUUCUGGAGUCAUCCGCAAGUGCAGCCCCAGCCAUAGGAGCAGCAACAGCAGCAUCCACAGUCCCAGUUUGCUCAGUGAAGAGGCGGAUGCUCACGCUAGGGUUAUUAGAAUCAAACAGGAGCCUGCUGACAGUGAUGAUGAAACACAUGCCAAAGAGAGCCUAGCGGAGAAGAAGAGUGCUUACCUUCACCAGGUCGAAGGAAGACUGGUGAUACAGGCGAUGAACUGAUCUUAGGCAUGAGCACGUACACACACACACACACACACACACACACACACACACACACACACACACACACAUUCUCAUAACUCAUGCCAGGUUAUGCCACCGUAAGCCCUUCUGGACUGUAGACAUUUGUGACCUUGUGAUGUGAUCUCUGUAUUGUAUGCUGUAAUGAUCUGUAUAUAAUUUGAAGAAGAAGAAGAAGAAAAAUCUAGACUGGUAUAUCUUUUAAAAGCUGAACAAGCAUCUCUAUUUGUAAGAAGACUUUUGAACUGUAAUUACUUGCCCUUUCUACUUUCGAUCCACCCACUGGGAAAGAGCUGCGCUAUAGAGCUCAUGUAGAAUAAUCACUGAUGUUUUUUCAUGACACUUUGACCUUUGCAUAGCUUUCUUUUCUGAUGAUAUGGUUCGUUUAUUGUUUCCAGUGUAAACUGCGACAGGAUCACAGCUAUAGCAUCAGUAUCCUCCCUGUUACUGUGUAAUAGAGCUUUAGAACAGCGCUCUGUGUCCUGGGCUCUCCCAGGGGUCUGUAUCAGAGUUGUGCUCUGGGCCCAGAGCAGCCCAGAGCUCAGUGGCUCACUCACAGUGAGAGAGGGCUGAGCAGGAAAUGCCUGGUGGAAGCCAGGAACCGGAAUGAUUCAUGAACACAGGAAUGUUGGGAGAGGACGGGAUCAGCGUUCAGCAAAGUCCAAGAGGCCAGUCAUGAGCCCUGAUUUACUAUUGGGGCAAAUUACAAAACAAGUAGGGAAACAGUGGAGCAAGUCCCUACUGAAAACCAAUAAUUUCCACUUUAGACUGGGGUAAUGUGUUCACCCCAACAGUAAGAGUUCGACGUCCUUUCCCUCUUUGUCUCUUUUCAAGGUACGAUUGUUUAUUGCUGAUUAUUUCUGCUCUCAAAGUGGCCAGAUAAACAACUUUUAGAUUUCCAUAGCGACCAUCUUGCUUGUAACUUUCCAUCAUUUGUAAUGGUUAGCCCUGUCAAUGUAAACGCAUUAGUGGGAGUAAUAUGUGUGAGAUCCUGCGCCACAAUGCUGCCACAUAAAAGAAAACUUAUUCAUUAUAUGUGACUCACCAUAUCGUCUUGAAAAGUAAAACAUUCUGGACGUGUCUGCCUGUGUCCUGUUCUCUUGUUCCUCUGUCCAGUAGCAGUAAGCGCUUCUUCACUUCAUAGCUGUUUGGAUGGAUCACCAUCUCACUUUGUUGCUGUCUUUUUAAAAAUAAAGUAUGUUUCCUUCCUGUGA